AUGAAUCAUUAUGCAGCUAACCGCCUCAAGCAGCAGAAAUCAGAGGUAGCCCGGCCCUCACUACGGCGGGACCAUCAGCUUACCCCCGUCACCGGCCUCUGCUUCCUAGACCUGGGUGCCACAUCGAGUAGUGAUGAUGGCGAGCAGCAGCAGUAUCUCCUGGCCGGAGAGGACACGGACCUCAAGGUCUACGACGGGGAAGGCAUCCUGCAAUGCCAGCUGAGGAUCUUCCGCGCCCAGCCCAUCCACGGCAUCAGCGUCGGGGGCGGCAGCGUGCUGCUCUGGGGCAACCAGGCCGUGGCGGUCCUGCCCGUCAGCGUGAUCGAGGCGUGCUUGUCAGGCAAGGCUGACGACCACAGCCCGCCCAAGAUCGUGGAAGCCAAGGCGCCGGACUGGAUCUACGACGGCGCCAUCUGUCCCGAGGACCCCUCCCGCGGCGUGCUCGUGACGGCGCACAACGAGGCUCUCGAGUUCUGCAUCGCGGACGACGGACGGCACGUCGUGUUCGGGAGGAUCGUCUCCCCGUCCCGGCCGAUUCUGUACUCGGCCAACUCGACGUGGGUGUCUGGCUCCUGCGUGCUCAUCGCCGGCGGCACCGUCUUUGGCGAGAUCCUGCUCUGGAAGUGCCACUUUGACGACGGCAAGCAGCAGCCGUGGUGCGAGGUUCUCUUCGUCUUCACGGGCCACGAGGGGUCCAUCUUUGGGGUGGACAUCUCGCCCGAGAUCUCGAUGGGCGAGGACGGCAAAACGGCACGCCUGCUGGCGAGCUGCAGCGAUGACAGGACCAUUCGCAUCUGGGACAUUUCGGAGCGCGAGGGGGCGCCGCGGCUGCAGUACGACUCCUUUGGCGAGGCGCGGGAGACCGGGUUUGGCGGCGGCAACGACGGCGGCGCGGCACCCGCGGAUCUGUCGGCCACGCGCGUUGCGUCGAGCAGGCCGCUCGCGAUGGUGAUGGGACACAUCUCGCGCAUCUGGCACGUCAGGUUCCCGCGCACGUUCGGGCCCGCAGGGGGCACGGUGUACUCAUUCGGCGAGGACUCGACGCUGCAGAGGUGGAGGUUGGACGUUGACGAGGUGCAGUGGCGGCAGGGCCUGAGCGGCGAAAGCAGCGGCAGCGGUGACGUAGCCGCGAGCCUGACCCAUCUGGAGACGUAUGCGAAGCAUGACGGGAAGCACAUCUGGACGACCGCGUUGGCGGAGAGGAGUGGUGGGGAGGUGGUCGUUGCGACGGGCGGGCAGGACAGCAAGAUCAACCUGUUGACUGACCGGUCCACGGCCAGGGUCGGCGAGCUGCCUCAUGAGCUGAGGACGCUGGUUCUGAAGGAUGUGGUUGCGAAGUUGACGGCCAGGGGCCAGGAGUUUGCGAUCCCGGCGGAGACGAGGGAGGCUUUUCAUCGGUUUGCCUUCAUCGGGAAGGAUACGCUGCUUGCGACCAGCACGACUGGGAGGUUGCUGGUCGGCUCGUUUGGGACGGAGCUGACCUGGGAGGAGAUUGGGACCGACGGGACAACUUUGAGCGCUUUGAGGGCUUGCACGAGUCUCAAGAGCCCGAUGGAGGGACUGGCGUUAUUGGGUACUGCGAACAAGAAGAUUUUCUUGUUCAGGGGAGGAGAGAUUCGCGAGAUCGGGACGGUGCCUGGGAAGGUUGCCGACAUCUUCUGUCUGGGUUCUUCCGAGAGUGGAAAGCUCGAGUUCCUGGUCACGAUACUCGGCGGCGAGGAAGCGAUGCAGCUCCUCACGCUCGAUCUGGAGACCUCAGCCAUCACAUCCAUGAUCCCCGUCGACCUCGACAACCGCUUCGUCUUCACAGCAGCCUGUCUCGUCAACGACCUCCUCGUGCUCGGCUCGCGACACGGACACAUGGACGUGUUCCGUCGUUUGGGGGCCCAGCUCACCCCCUUCCCCGCCCCGGAUCGCCGGACGGCGGAUAGCAUCACCUCUAUCAAGCCUCUGGCGACCUCGCCCGAGAAGCACAUCAUCACGACGAGCAGAGACGGGAACUACCGCAUCUACGAAAUCGGCCCGUCCUCGCUCAUCCUCCGCCACGAGACGGCGCCCACGGCAGUCCCGAAUCUCGAAGACUCCUGGAUGUCCGGGACGGACCUGAUUCUCUGCGGUUUCCGCAGCAAGAACUUCGUGGUGUGGAACGAGACGCGCCACGAGGAGGUCCUGAGGCUCGACUGCGGAGGCGCCCAUCGCGCUUUUGCGUAUGAUAGGCAGGACAGGGUCAGGUUUGUCUUCAACAAGGCUGCUACGCUCGGCGUGUAUGAGCAGCCUGAGACGCAGAAAGCGGUGGCCUGGCACAGGACGUUGAAGAGAGGCACGCACGGUAGAGAAGUCAGGGCCAUUGCGUUCUCCGGGCGGUAUGUCGCCACCGGCGCCGAGGAUACCGCGAUCCGCAUCUGGGAGUACAAGAACUCGGAGAAGCCGCUUCAGAGGAAGAUGCGGUGUGUAAAGGUCGUCAAGGUCCACACGGCCGGUCUUCAAUCUCUCAAGUGGCUUGGUGAGGAGCUCCUCUUCAGCUGUUCCGGUAACGAGGAGUUCAUGGUCUGGCGGGCCACGGAUCUUGGUGCCGCUGGGCUGGGACUCAUGCGCGAGGCCGUCUUCGAAGACAGAAGCGCCGACGGGGACUUGCGGAUCACGAGCUUUGAUGUUGCGCGGGUAGAGGGGGUGGUGGGAAUCACCAUGGCGUUCUCCAACUCGGUCGUCAAGACGUAUCGCUACUCAGCGGACGAGGGAUUCGAGCUUCUGGCGACGGGCCGGUACACAGGCGCGUGUCUCACCCAGGUGCGGCAUUUGAAGAUCCAGGAUGGCACGUGGGAGGUUGUCACUGCCGCCACGGAUGGCUGUGUUGGUGUCUGGAAGAGCGAAGGUGGAGAGUUUGUAUUGAAAUAUACUGCCAGGGUACACCAGAGCAGUAUCAAAGCUCUCGAUGUCCACAGCACUGCGGAAAGGGUUGUACUCUUGACCGGAGGCGAUGACAACGCCCUCGGCAUCACGACCCUUGACCCGAAGGACGGGUUCAAGCCGGUUGGCAGGGCGGGUGUGAGAAAGGGGCAUGCGGCUGCCAUCAACGGGCUCACGGUGCUGAGAGUCACGGAGCGUGGGGAGGUUGUGUACGCGACUGUGAGCAAUGACCAGAGAGUCAAGAUGUGGCAGGUCGGCUGGCGACAAGGCGUUGAAGAGGUCACUUUGUUAGCAGACCAGUACAGUGGCGUUGCUGACGCUGGUGAUUUGGAGUUUAUUGAGGGUGGCAAGGUCGUGGUUGGCGGUGUUGGAUUGGAGGUUUGGGAUUUCGGUGCAACGGUUUGA